CUCUCUCCCAAAACCUCUCUCUCUUUCCCUGAGAAUCUUAAAAGAAAUUGGACGCGAAGAUGUGCGGUGGCGCCAUCAUAUCUGAUUUUAUAGAAAAAAAGCGUAGCCGGAAGUUCAGUAAUGGAGAUCUCUGGUCCGAAAUCGAUCCUUUCUCCGAUCUUCUCGGCCUCGAUUUCUCCUCUGUGAAAAGUGAGAAGCCUCAGAAAAGAGAACGAUCUCCGGCGGUGGCGGCGGAGGGGAUCGAGUUGAAGCCUCGGAAAACUCGGAAGAAUUUGUACAGAGGAAUCCGGCAGCGGCCGUGGGGGAAAUGGGCGGCGGAGAUUCGGGACCCGCAAAAAGGCGUUCGGGUUUGGCUCGGAACUUUCAGCACCGCCGAGGAAGCCGCCAGAGCGUACGACGAAGCCGCCAAACGGAUCCGCGGCGAGAAGGCCAAGCUCAACUUUGCCCCGGCGGCUCAGCCUCAAGCUCCGGCCAAAAAGCGGUGCGUUCUCCCCGAGUUGACUCGGGAGGGUUUAAAUACCACCGGUCCACCGACGCGUUCCCGUACGAGUAACUCGUACAACGACGGGAUUUACUACGGCGAUGAAUUGGCGAGUGGGUUUGAGCUGAAAGAGCAGAUUUCGAAUUUGACAUCCUUCUUGGGUCUGGACGGUGAGGAUCAACAGCUGAGUCAACUCGGGGGAAGUGACGAGUUCGACCGAGUCGUUGUGGACCUCUGGAUGAUGGACGACCGGUCGCUGAAUCGGCAGCAAUUGGGUCAGCUGGUUUAACUCAGAUUGACUCGUGCGUCCGACAUGUCGUUCACUGCUUUGCACGUGUGUAAUAUUUUAUGUUUUGUGUUUUGGUUUGUACUUUGUAGAUAUAUCAUAUUUGGAGAUUCAAUAAAAGUUAGCGAUAUGUGUCACUCGUUGUGGUGUAUUUUUGGUCUACUUUUGUCUCUCGGAACGAUAUGUCGGUUCGUGUAUCAGACUGCCUCGUGCCUCCCUUUGUUUUUAAUAUUCACCGCUCUGCGUUUUAUUAAUACUUUAUCUU